AUGGCGUCGUUGCCAGAGGAGGAGGAGGCCUUCGAGCACACGCUGCUGGUGGUGCGCGAGGUGUCGGUGUUCAAGAUCCCGCCGCGCACCACCAGCGGCGGCUACAAGUGCGGCGAGUGGCUGCAGACGGACAAGAUCUGGACGGGCCGCCUCCGCGUGGUGUCGUGCGGCGACCGCUGCGAGAUCCGGCUCGAGGACCCGGGCUCCGGGGACCUCUUCGCCGCCUGCUUCGUGCUGCCGGGCCAGAGGGACAGCGCCGUCGAGACCGUGCUCGACUCGUCGCGCUACUUCGUGCUCCGCAUCGAGGACGGCAGGGGGAAGCACGCCUUCGUCGGCCUGGGCUUCGGCGAGCGCAAUGAGGCCUUCGACUUCAACGUCGCCCUGUCGGAUCACGAGAAGUAUGUCAAGAGAGAGCAAGACAAGGAGACCGGUGGCGAGGAGGCAGACGAUAGCCAGAUUGACAUCCACCCGGCGGUGAAUCGCCGGCUCAAGGAAGGUGAAACCAUUAGGAUAAACGUGAAAAACAAGCCAUCAACUGGAAGUGGCAUGCUUUCCUCUGCUGGCUUAUCUGGUGGGGCCACUGAAAAACCUAAAGCAAGCAUGCUCCUUGCACCACCGCCAGGUGCAACCGGGAAGCUUCGGUCUCCGCUCCCACCUCCCCCUAAUGACUCUGCAUCUGCAAGAAUGAGUUCUGGACCCAAUGCUGGAACCAGGGCCUCAAAAGAACCUACCAAGAAAAGCAUCGACCCCUUUUCAGAUAUUUCUGCUCUAGAGCGAAGCCUACCCUCAUCGACCGAACUGGGACAAACAAAAAGCACCGGUGCCGGAUGGGCAGCAUUUUGA